AUGUCUGACGACGACGAUUUCAUGCAGGCCUCUGAUGAGGAGAACUACGAUUUCGAGUACGAAGACGAAGAUGACGCGGAUGAGGGCGGCGAUGUCGACGUUGAGAACAAAUACUACAAUGCCAAGCAGAUGAAGGUAGACAAUCCAGAAGAGGCGAUCGAUGAGUUUCUAGGCGUGCCAGCACUCGAACCAGAAAAGGGCGAUUGGGGGUUCAAGGGCCUGAAGCAGGCGAUCAAGCUCGAGUUCAAGCUUGGAAGAUACGACGAUGCCGUCAAGCACUACACCGAGCUCUUGACAUAUGUCAAAUCUGCAGUCACCCGAAAUUACUCAGAAAAAUCAAUAAACAACAUGCUGGACUUCAUCGAGAAGAAUGCCGAGGACGAAGCGGCCAUCCAAUGCAUGGAACACUUCUACAGCAAGACUCUCGAAUCAUUCCAGGCCACCAACAACGAGCGGUUAUGGCUGUCCACCAACACGAAGCUUGCGCGACUUUGGCUUGCGCAGAAGGACUACGAUCGGCUUACUGGAAAGGUUCGCGAGCUCCACAAAGCCUGCAAGCGCGAGGAUGGAACAGACGACCCGAGCAAAGGCACAUAUUCCAUGGAGGCAUACGCGCUGGAGAUUCAGAUGUAUGCUGAGACACGAAACAACAAGCGGCUAAAGGGCCUAUAUCAGCGAGCGCUUAGGGUGCGCUCGGCGGUACCACAUCCAAAGAUCAUGGGCAUCAUCCGCGAGUGUGGUGGCAAGAUGCACAUGUCUGAAGAGAAUUGGAAAAGCGCCCAGAGCGACUUCUUCGAAUCGUUCAGAAAUUACGACGAAGCGGGCUCGUUGCAGCGGAUACAGGUCCUCAAGUAUCUGGUGUUAACGACGAUGCUGAUGGGUUCGGACAUUAAUCCAUUCGACUCGCAAGAAACCAAGCCAUAUAAGAAUGACCCUCGAAUCGCAGCUAUGACGGAAUUGGUAGAUGCAUAUCAGCGUGAUGACAUUCAUCAAUAUGAGACGGUGCUCCAGAAAAACAAGGACCUCCUUGCUGAUCCGUUCAUCGCGGAGAACAUCGACGAGGUCACUCGCAAUAUGCGCACCAAGGCGGUGGUCAAACUCGUCGCACCAUACACUCGAUUUCGCCUCGAGUUCAUUGCCAAGCGACUGAACAUCUCAAUACCCGAAGUUCAGGAUAUCGUGGGCUUCCUGAUCAUGGAUAAGAAGCUGCGUGGCAAGAUCAACCAAGAAGCCGGGACUGUCGAGAUCGAGAGUCGGGCAGAUCUCGACCGGAUGCAUGCAGUGGCGGACUGGACCUCGGCUAUUCAUUCGCUGUCAAAGGCCGUCCUUAAUGAGGGCGACUUCAAGACAGACGACGGAGCCGGCUUACUACCGCCGAUAGGGUCAGAGAUCUACGAAGCUCCGUCGCGACCACUUGUGCCUGGCAAGCGGAAGGGCCAUCGCGCACAGAAAUAAGCUGCAUAAUGAGAUGCGCUCGAACGAGAAAAAACAUUUGGAAGACGCCACGCCCUCCGAUUGUCGCGUUUGCCUGUUUUCCAGCGAUAGCCAACAGUGCAGGGUAGCGUAUCGCUGUCACUGGAAUUGCCCGUAGUGAUGUUAGACACAAUGGCACAAGCCCGGUGAACACGAAAAUAACACCGUGUACACGCAAAUUUUGGCUAGUGUUAUAUGAACACGUAGGUAAAUAACGGGAUUAGUAAUAAUCGCUCGGAAUAGCUGGUUUAGUCACUAGUGCUUGCUACUGCUUGUUAGUAGCUAGCUU